UGUUUCCCCCAAAUCCAAACCCCUUCCGCCAGCAUGAAUCUGAAUUGUUUUGUUUGAGCAGUCGACACAAUCGUCUCAGCGGCGCGGGGGCAAAGCCAUUCGGCCCUUCUGCCCUGUACUAGCCCCACCCAUCUAUCCAAUGCGCACCACCACCACAUUUUUAGAGUAAUCGGGUGCUUUGGGGGCGGUUUCCCCCUUUCGAUCCGCGCCCCGUCGCCCUCAAUAGUUGCACCGUCUUUGCUGGACUGAUCAACCAAGGAAAAUAACCAUCACGGGGUUCCACUCUCCUCUUCAAACGUCUCCUUCCCUGCUUGGACAAGGGGCUUGGAAACCGAGCCUUAGCUCCUACGUUCUAUCAACGUCGCUAAUUAUGGAAACAAAAAAAAAAUGCUGUGUACCCCCGCCACCCUUGCAAUGCUACUGACUGUGGGAUCUUGCUGUGCUCAAAUUGGCCACUGCCUCAUGUAGGCUGCAUUCACAAAUGGGAUGACCCAAAGAGCCUGCCUUCCGUCAACAGACAUUCUUGAUCACCCAUGAAACGCAAAAAGAAGUCUGGAAACCCAAAGGUCGAGGAAUGUGACAUUUGGUUGGACACAAGGGAGCUAAAGAGGAAGAAAGUGGAGGUUUGUAUUUUUGGGUCCCAUUCCAUUUCAAAGCUGCUGAAUCCGCUGUCCAGAAGGAAUCACACUGCCGAGGUUGCUCUAAAUUUCACUCAGACAAGGGCUCCUCAGCAGUGCAUAAAACAGACAACAGUCUCUUCCUUCUUCUUUCCAAAGGCUAAAGGUAAACUUGCAGACCCCACACGCAUAUCAAUCCUGAGUGCUGUGGGUGCUGCCUCCCCAAAUUCUGUCACUGAAAAGGAAACAUACACAGAUCAGCCUGAGCUGAUCACUGACAAUGAUUUCUGCAGAGACAACUUUGGCUACUCCACUCCUGUGGGCCACGAGGAGAGGUUGCCGUCAAUCUUAAGAGCUGUCCACUGCAGCUCAGAGGAGAGAGUGCCUCUUUGUGGAACUACACAUGGCAACACUACCCACAUUCUAAAUAAGCAGGCUCACCAGAUGUUCAAGGAAAGAGAACAUUCCUGUCUUAAGGGUGGUGCCAACAUCAAUAUUGUUGAGUAUGAGCUACCAUCUGCACAUGGUACUGCAGGAGUAACAUGUGCAUCUGUUGCCACUCCGAGUGAGCCUCCUGAUGAUUUUACUCAGCUGGAUUUCACUCAAGACUCACAAGGAAAUAGAGUUAUCUCGCACAGGAAGGUAACCAGAUCACCAGCCAUGAAUUACACAUCAUAUAAGGGAAUGCCUGUUCCCGAUGGGAAGUCCACUGACUUACCUGCCGCUGCGUCAGAAAUCCUGAGCAUGCAGAGUUUCGAAACAGGGUUACUUGGCAAGCUUACUUCCACACAACAAAAUGUGAACAGACAAAAGUUAUCGAAAAGGCAAGAAGUGGCACACUUGCCUAAGAAAUUAAAUUCAGAUUGUUUCAGAGAUGUAUUUUCAGAGAACAAAGAAAAUGUCUUUGGGCCCAUGUUGAACUUUAAUCUAGCAUCUUUGGAAAGACCUUCGCUAUCACCAGGAGCCAACUCAUUUCUGCACCAUUGGAAUGUACCCCAAGGUACUGAGGUUUUUCAACAGCCCAAAACAGCAUGCAGUGAUCAGAGUGUGCUGUCACUCCUGUUCAGCCAAGACUCCCAGGGAAACAGAGUUAUCUCUCACCGGCGCACAGACAGCAGGCAUGGAGUGGUCAUUACCAACAAUCGGAACCUUCCAUUGGGCGUCAAUGGCGGCAUAUGCUAUAAUGUUCCUCUGAAAGAGAAACUGCAUCAUUCAGGCCUCUGGUGUGAAUCAUCCAGCAUAGCACAGUUGAAAUAUGAUGACACAGUCUGUCCACAAGCAGAUUUGCUGUUUACACAAGAUUCUGAAGGCUAUGCAGUGAUCAAACAUUGUUAAAGAUGGAUGUAUUGACUGCUAUUUUAUUUCUUUGAUUGUCGGCUUUCUCCCUUGUGUUCUGUAGGCAAGUUAAAGAUGUUAUAAAGAAUAAAGAUUUUUCUAGUGCAAUCAAAACUUGUACUCAAUGUGC